UCACUUUACCUUUUGCCUUCCAAAAGAUCGACCUUUUGUCAUAAAAUCCUCUCUCCUCCUCCUUCUUCGUCCUCUGAAACAUUUGACAUCCAUGGGAGAUUUGCCCAGAAGCCCUUCAUGCCUGGAGUUGACCAUGUCUGUUCCGGGCUUCUCUUCCUCUCCUCCUCUUCCUUCAACUGUGAGGGACUUGGACAUAAACCAAGUGCCGUCGGGGGGCGAGGAGGAAUGGAUGACGAUGAGCGGAGGAGGGAUGGAGGACGAGGAAGAGAGCAGCCACGGCGGCCCUCCUCGCAAGAAGCUCCGCCUCACCAAAGAGCAAUCUCGCCUCCUCGAGGAGAGCUUCCGGCAGAACCACACUCUCAACCCUAAGCAAAAGGAGGCCUUGGCAACGCAACUGAAGCUCCGGCCGCGCCAGGUCGAAGUGUGGUUCCAAAACCGUAGGGCCAGGAGCAAGUUGAAGCAAACGGAGAUGGAGUGUGAGUACCUGAAGAGGUGGUUCGGAUCGCUGACGGAGCAGAACCGGCGGCUCCAGAGGGAGGUGGAGGAGCUCCGCGCCCUCAAAGUGGGCCCGCCCACCAUCAUCUCCCCCCACACAUGCCAGCCCCUCCCGGCCUCCACCCUCACCAUGUGCCCUUGCUGCGAGCGCGUCAGCUCCACCGCCCCCACCGCCACCUCCGCCCCUUCCGCCACCUCGAGGCCGCCCAAAGCGUCACAACAGUCAGGGCCCACACUUCAGUCGAGGCAGCCAUCCGCCGCUUGCUAGCGUAGAAGGGUGAAAAUAAAUACAUAACAAUUUUUACAUUGUUGCAUAGAGUUGUGGAUAGUUAGGUUUUGGGGGACAUAAUUUAACCGAUUCGCUCUCACUUGGGUUGGGGAUGGGCUUAACAAAUGUUUUAAGACAUCGUUGAUUAAGCUUGGAGAGAGCGAGAGAGAUGAUGAUGCAAGUUGGAACUCAUCACAUCAUAUAUGACAUAUAUGUUCAGCGAAAUUUUGGAGGAGGAAGAUGGUGUUUUCUUGCUAAUGUAGAAGUCAUAUGAUGAUCUGCUAACUUAUGACUCUGAAUAUUUUGCAUGCCGGGAUCAAUUUAUCGACGCGAUCCGAUAAAUUUCGAAGUGACCCUAUUAAAA